AUGAGUUUUGAGUCUCAAUUUUCCUCGGAUGUAUGGCUAUCACGAAUCCAGAACCCACUCGGCAAGACGUUCGCUGCCGUGAUAGAUUCCGAUGUUGAGCCUGAUGAUCAAAUCAAUGAUACAUGGUCACCUCAGACCGAAGGUGCCCCUAGUACGGUCCGAGGCCUCAUCAGAAAAGAAUGGGUGGGCAUCGCGACCCUCAUUGGCCCAGUGCCAUUUCCUAGCGAGUGUGACACUACGAAACAGAAACCCUGGGACGCUUUUAUCAGAGAUGGAAAAUACCAAAUACCUUCCAACCCAGUGGAACCAGACAUUCUGAAACGAGCUCAUGUCGUUUAUGUGAUCGUGGGCAAGUUUGUUCUACCUCAUGCUCGUCGCAAGGGACACGCUCGUCGGCUACUCGAGGCCUUUAUCGAAGCGGCCGAGGAGGAAUCUAGACUAUUCGGUGCAUCCAAGACUAGCAUCACUGUCCAGACCGAGCCAGGCAACCUUGGUGCGAAGCAAUUGUAUGAGAAAACAGGCUUUGAACCAUGGGAUGACGUAUUGUUAGAGAACCGACGGGGGAUUUCAUCUCCUGUGGUGUCUUUGGUGAUGGAGAUGGAGGCCGAGAUGUGA